GCCCCACCACCCCGCCCGGCCCGGCCUCUGCGGCGCGGCCCACUUCCUCGGUGGCCGCGGGCUGCGGGAACAUGCUGCGCUGGCUGCGGGGCUCCGCGCUGCCCCGGGCCGCCUGCCAGGAUGCGGAGCCGCCCACGCGCUACGAGAGCCUCUUCCGGGCCCUGGACCGCAACGGGGACGGCGUGGUGGACAUCGGCGAGCUGCAGCAGGGGCUCCAAAGCCUGGGCAUCCCGCUGGGCCAGGACGCCGAGGAGAAAAUUUUUACAACUGGAGACAUCAACAAAGAUGGGAAGCUGGAUUUUGAAGAAUUUAUGAAGUACCUUAAGGACCAUGAGAAAAAAAUGAAAUUGGCAUUUAAGAGUUUGGACAAAAAUAAUGAUGGAAAGAUUGAAGCUUCAGAAAUUGUUCAGUCUCUCCAGAUACUGGGUCUCACUAUUUCUGAAAAACAAGCAGAGUUAAUUCUUCAAAGCAUUGAUGCUGAUGGGACAAUGACAGUGGACUGGAAUGAAUGGCGGGACUACUUCUUGUUUAAUCCUGUUACGGAUAUUGAGGAAAUUAUCCGUUUCUGGAAACAUUCUACCGGAAUUGACAUAGGGGAUAGCUUAACUAUUCCAGAUGAAUUCACAGAAGAUGAGAAGAAGUCUGGACAGUGGUGGAGGCAGCUUUUGGCGGGCGGUAUUGCUGGUGCUGUCUCACGAACAAGUACUGCUCCUUUGGAUCGCCUGAAAGUCAUGAUGCAGGUUCACGGUUCAAAAUCAAUGAACAUAUUUGGUGGCUUUCGGCAGAUGGUUAAAGAAGGAGGUAUCCGUUCCCUUUGGAGAGGAAAUGGAACAAAUGUCAUUAAAAUUGCUCCUGAGACAGCUGUUAAGUUCUGGGCAUAUGAACAGUACAAGAAGUUGCUUACUGAGGAAGGACAAAAGAUAGGAACCUUUGAGAGAUUUAUUUCUGGUUCCAUGGCUGGAGCAACUGCACAGACUUUUAUUUAUCCCAUGGAGGUUUUGAAAACCAGGCUGGCUGUAGGCAAAACUGGCCAAUAUUCUGGAAUGUAUGAUUGUGCCAAGAAGAUUUUGAAGCAUGAAGGCUUGGGAGCUUUUUACAAAGGUUAUGUUCCCAAUUUAUUAGGUAUCAUACCUUACGCGGGCAUAGAUCUUGCUGUGUAUGAGCUUUUGAAGUCCCAUUGGUUGGAUAAUUUUGCAAAAGACUCUGCCAACCCCGGUGUCAUGGUGUUGCUGGGAUGUGGUGCCUUAUCCAGCACGUGUGGCCAGCUGGCCAGCUACCCCUUGGCUUUGGUGAGGACUCGCAUGCAAGCUCAAGCCAUGGUAGAAGGAGCCCCACAGCUUAACAUGAUUGGCCUCUUCCGACGAAUAAUUUCCAAAGAAGGAAUACCAGGACUUUACAGAGGCAUCACCCCCAACUUCAUGAAGGUGCUCCCUGCUGUAGGCAUCAGUUAUGUGGUGUAUGAAAAUAUGAAGCAAACUUUAGGGGUGACUCAGAAAUGACAUACGGAAGUUUUUGCUUCAGAACGACUAUUAACAUUUUCUACAAUCUCUUCAAUGUCUCCUUAGAAUUGCAACAUGUUCAUGACAAAAGAAACUGUAUUUUUUCCACAAAAUGGAAGAGCAUUUCAUAAAUUACUUCAAAUAUUUGGGUUCGAUUUUGUGUAUUAAGAAAUUAUGGUUUUAAUGGUUUUUGAAGAAACCACAUAAUUGUAUCUUUUUUGUGAUUUGUUCUUAUGCAAAUGUGUGCCGUGAAUCCUAAGUCUGAAAAUGCACUUCCUUGAAUUAAAUUUGCUUUGCAUGGUACAAUUAUAAAUCACAAUUCUUUAUUUUGGUUGGUUCAGCUGUAUGUCAGUUCCUUUAUAAAGGAAUUGUUGUCUUUAGAACUGAUCAAUGUUAAGACUUGUUUUAUGUAUUCUGAAUGCCUUUGAAGACUUGUAAAAUUUUACCAACAGAGCUAUUAAUAGAAAAUCAUUGUACCUAAAAUAUACUUUAUGGCAGCUAAACAAGAAUAGAGUUUAUGUUCUUGUGUUUCUUCAAGUGGAUGAGAAAUGAACAUAAGUGGCAGAAUUCAUGAUGGAGAGUACUAAAAUAAUUUUAGUGAACACUUUCUGUCUUACUUGCAUUGUUAUUUGGUUCCUAGGAUUACAUUCUAAUUGUCUUAUUUGCUACUAAAUUAUCAACACAAGACACCUUAUUUCAAAGAUUCUGUUUAUUUUGUCUUUGCUUUGAAAAGUAGCAGGGAAUGAAACCCUUUUACUUGCAUCAGUUUCUGAAGAGCAUCUCUCUGUUUGUCCUUUGUUUCCUACUAUUUGAAUGAGAUUUUGUUUUAAUCAGGAAGGAUUCUUGGGACCAUUCUUGGUAGUCUUUUUAAUGACCUGACGUGGGUUGAGCAUGAGUGAAUAUUACAUGCUCAUUUCCUCCUCACUGGUGGAUUUCUUUGAACCUGCUGUUUUCAGUUGGGAGGCAUAAAGUUAAGAGAACAGUGCAUAGUGAUAUUAGUAUGUAUUAAUCUUAUGCAUUAGACAUCCAGAGUUAAAUGAAGGGCCUGAUUUGUGAACAUAUACAUCCAUAUUUUAACAUGCCUCAAGUUUUAGGAACAUGUUAGAAAAUUAUAAAAUUUGUAGCUUUUAAAAAAUUUUACUGAAGUCAUUUUUAUAGUCAGUCAUCUUUUCUGAUUUGUGAUUAGAACUUAAAAUGUAUUUAUUAGUUGAGAUUAUUCUUUCUUAACACUUUUUAGCCUUAUUUAGUUUCUAAUACUAUGUGAUAUAAAUUGCAACAUUUUCACAAAAAUCUAUUGAUGUAAUAGACAUUUAUUUUAUUUGAACCUACCUCUUUUAUUUUGGGAACCAAAGAGAAAAAAUGGAUUUGCAUUUGUGAAACAUAUUCUAAAAUAUAGUUUCAGUUAUAUUACUUAUACUUCAUGAAAGUCUUGAUAUUUUUAUACUAGGUAAUAAUCAUGGAACUCUAUCUACAGGGUUAUUUGUACUUUCGAGUAAUACAUAAAACAUUAAAGUGUAUUAUUAUAUUAGCUCUUUUUCUCAAAAAUAUAGAAAUGAACUGCUACCAUUUAUGAAAUUUCUGCUGGUGAAAAACAUGAAAAUACUCAUAGUUCAUUAUGAAUUUAAUUUGUUACUUGUUGAACAUUGGUAAGGUAUGAAUGUGAUUUAUCUAUGCUUGUUGUAUCUUUUAAAAAAUGAUCUUGUAUCUUUUAGAAAAAUGCCUCAAGUUGAAGAUUGCUUGCUUCUAGUAUUUUGUGCAUAUUUACUUUCUCUUUUAUAUUAAAAAUGUUUAUUUUUAACAUGA